UACCGUUAGUCUAUUUUGUCCCAAAACUUUUAUUUUUUUUCGUGGGGAAAACGUAUAUAUCAUUAUAGCAACAUAAUAAUUUUAAUGACAGUUGACAUUUGUGACUUGACAUGGUUGACACUGACAAUAACAUUUCCCGAUGUCAAUUUUGUAGAAAAUAGAUUUUUUAGAUUGACUGAUAGUUGGUGACGAUUUGCUAUAAAUUGAAUUAAAACAGAUUCAGAAUUUUAAUUUAUAGUUUCGACUUAGGGGGCGGAUGAAUUUUGACCGAAAUUAGACUGAGACUGCCACCAUGGCUAUGUCUAAAGGCUUCAAAGUUCUGGAGAAAAAUUCUCCGCCAAACCCGUACAGUAUAAUUUUGCAACACAGGAAUAAAGAUUCUGCAUUAUUAUUCGAAUCUCAAGCGGUGGUAUCUCUAUCUCCACAAGAAACGGACACCUUGCGUAAGCAAUAUCAUAAAGUGGCUGAUGCGUACGGUUGCUUAGGAGUGCUGCAAUUAAAUUCUGGUGAAAGUUGCUUGCUGUACUUGGUUCUCAUCACGGGCUGCUGCUCUGUUGGCAAGGUAGGCGAUAACGAAGUGUUUAAGAUAACUCAGACUCAGUUUUUACCUUUAUUUUAUUAUUCCCAAGGCGAAGAUAAAGUUUCUGAAGUGAGGAAAUUACUUAAUUCUGGCACAUUCUACUUUUCUUGGUACUCUGGGAAAACUAAUGAUAAUUUAUUUGAUCUAACCCUAUGUGCUCAGAGAAAAAGUAAAGGAGCCUGUCCGGAUAACAGGUUCUUUUGGAAUAGAACUUUGUUCAUCCAUCUUAUAAGAUUUGGCAUUGACUGUGAUGACUGGCUAACUAGAGCAAUGUGUGGAUCUGUAGAAAUAAGAACUAUCUAUGUCGGUCAUAGACAAGCAAGAGCAGUUCUAGUGUCCCGUUUAAGCUGUGAACGAGCUGGGACUAGAUUUAAUGUACGAGGCUGCAACGAUGAUGGUAAUGUGGCAAACUUUGUCGAAACAGAACAGGCUAUUUACAUUGAUGAUUCCAUGGCAUCCUACAUCCAGACCAGAGGAUCUGUGCCUUUGUUUUGGGAACAGCCCGGCAUACAAGUUGGCUCUCAUAAGGUUAAGAUGUCGAGAGGUUAUGAUGCUUCAACAAGUGCAUGUGACAGGCACUUCUCUCAGUUGAAACGUAACUAUGGAUCAAUUGUUGUUGUGAACCUGCUCGGUUCAAGCUUAAUAGGAGGUAGUGAAGGGGAAGCUACACUCAGUAAUGCUUUCCAAAGACAUCUAAAUGAGUCUGCUCAUAAUGAUAUAGUGCAAAUUAUUUUUGACUAUCAUCAGGAGGUUAGAGCAGCUUCAAUAGAAACAGCUUUAUCAAAAUUUAAGAAGAUAAUUGAAAAGCAUUAUGAUAGUAUCAGUAUUUUUAGUGCAAAAGGUUCUGAUAUUUAUAACAUUCAAAAAGGUGUUAUUCGCACUAACUGCUUAGAUUGUUUAGACAGAACGAAUGCAAUACAAACCUUUAUUGGCUUAGAAAUGCUUGCUAUACAGUUAAUGCUGUUGCAAUGUAUUGAUAAAAAACAAAAUGUGAACAGGUUUGAAGAGGUUUUUAAGCAGAUGUGGAUUAAUAAUGGAAAUGAGGUAUCAAAAAUUUAUGCUGGUACAGGAGCUAUACAGGGUGGUUCAAAACUAAUAGAUGGUGCAAGAUCUGCUGCUCGCACUAUACAAAACAACCUGCUCGAUAACUCCAAACAAGAAGCAAUUGAUAUUCUUCUGUUGGGCUCAACACUUAACUCAGAAUUGUCAGACAGGACAAGAAUUUUGCUACCAUCUAAUAUAUUGCACACAUCAACAGCAGUCCUUAGAGAAAUGUGCAGAAGGGCCAAUGAAUUUACACAACCCUCAAGUAUACGCAUUACAAUUGGAACUUAUAACGUCAAUGGCGGUAAGCAUUUUAGAAGCCUUGCAUAUAAAGAUGUAUCGCUUGCAGAUUGGCUAUUGGAUUGCCCAAAUUCAGCUUUGGUCAACACUGUAAAUUUAAAAGAUCACCCUUCAGAUAUUUUUGCUAUUGGAUUUCAAGAAAUAGUUGAUUUAAAUGCCAGUAAUAUUAUGGCUGCUAGCUCUGAUAAUGCCAGAGCUUGGAGUGAAGAAUUGGACAAAAUAUUAGCAAGAGAUGCUUCUUACACACUCUUAUCGUGUCAUCAGCUGGUUGGAGUUUGUCUUUUUAUAUUUGCGAGGAAAGAUUUAAUCCCACAUAUCAGAGAUAUAGCUCUUGAUUCUGUUAAAACUGGUCUUGGAGGUACUACUGGCAAUAAAGGAGCAGUUGCUAUUCGCUUGGUUAUCUAUGGAACUUCUAUAUGCUUUGUGUGUGCUCAUUUUGCUGCUGGGCAGUCGCAAGUUACUGAGCGCAAUGCUGAUUACACAGAAAUCACAAGGAAAAUAGCAUUUCCCAUGGGGCGCUCAUUGUAUUCUCAUGAUUAUGUUUUUUGGUGUGGAGAUUUUAAUUAUCGUAUUGACCUGGACAAGGAAGAAACUCGUCUACUUGCAGCACAGAAUAGUAUUAACAGGCUUUUAGAAAACGAUCAGUUAUUGAAACAAAAAUCGCAAGAUUUAGUUUUCAAAAAUUGUUUUGAAGGAGAAAUAACUUUUCUCCCGACAUAUAAAUACGACUUAUUCAGUGAUGAUUACGACACUAGUGAAAAAUGCCGAGCACCGGCGUGGACUGACCGUAUUUUAUGGAGAAGUCGAAAACAUACUAUUGACCCAGAGAAUACUUCUGAACUUGCUGCAGGAAAAUUGUUGCACUACGGUAGAGCUGAACUAAAACAGAGUGAUCAUCGACCAGUGAUUGCAAUCUUAGAAAUAGAAGUCUUACAAGUAAGCUACACCAAGUGUAUGGAAGUGUUUUAUGAAGUGGUUAAAGAUCUAGGUCCACCUGACGCUAGCAUCGUCGUACGACCGUUAGAUGAGAUUGAUUAUGAAGAUUCUAUUUUUGAUGACAACGUAAUGGCAGCUGUUCUUCAAGAAUUAGCAACGAUCGGCGAAGUAACACUAGUGCGUUUCGUAGAGGAUCAUAAUUUGAGUAUAACAUUUAGAGACGGGCAGCAUGCACUAGCGGCUGCACAGAAAGGAAAAAUUAUGGCUGGAGGAAUUCCAUUAUCUGUGUCUUUGAAAUCUCCCGAGUGGGUUGAAAUCGUGAGAUCGGAGAUAAAUUUAUGUACGAACAAUACGAUUCCGCUCUUUGGCGAAAUACCAGCAGAGCGGCCUCUCAGAUCCGCCCCACCGACACCGCGUAGGCAGCAACCUAGCAGACCCCCAGCGCCCUCACCUACCCCACUCGUGCCGUCUCGAGCCCCGGCGCCCAGUCCUGCACGCCCACCGCCUCCUAGACCCUCACCUCUCCCUCAAGAUGCUACAACUGGAAACAUAACUCCACCAACAGUGGCAUCACCUCCUGCUGACAGUGCUCCACCUCCGACGUGCGCGCCGCCUCCGCUGCCCGCGAGCAACACGCCGCCGCCCACCGGCCCUUCACCACCGCCCGUUGGUCCGCCGCUGCCCACCGGACCACCGCUGCCCACUGGCCCUUCGCCGCCGCCAACCGGCCCGCCGCCACCCGUGCCUGCGCGCCAAGGGGCACCCCCUCCGCUACCUGCACGCCCUCGACCAGUUAUUUAGAUUAACACUAGUACUUACUCGGAUUUGCUUAUUGAAAGUUUGAAUCAGUAUAUUAAAAUAAUAUAAACUGUUAAUAAAUCAAGAAAACGUAUUACUUAGUCUGUAGCGAUGUAUGACACUAAUAUCAUUAUAGCUAACUAAUGUAGAAGUGGCUUUUGCAAUAUCAUUAUUAACUGAAUUUAUUUAAAUGCUUUAGAGUAGACCUUUAAAUCUUAUUUUCAUAGAUAGGCUGUGAUCUGAUUGUUACAAAUUAUCUGCAAUAUUUCAUGGUAUGGAUUAUAACUAUUUACUCUGUUAAAUCAUGAAUUUCGGUAUUAUCUUGUUAGGAUGAAGAAGUGUUUAAAAAAUAUGAGUAUAAUAGCUAAUAAUAUAUGGGAUUUAUUUUAAAUCAAUGAUAAAUAUAAUACACUUUCAAUGAAUUUACUGUGCUGAUUGGUAAUUAUUUGUUAAUGAUCUCAUUUUAUAUAUUCUUUGUAUUACCUACCUAAUUUUAUGCUUAUUCAGUCCUCUUAAAAUUUAAAACGGUUAUGUUAAUAAUCUUGGGUUCCUACUUUUAUAUGGAUUUUUUAAAUGUUUAGACUAAUUUGUACUAAGUACACUUUGUUUAAUGUAGCAAGUUAGUUUAUUUAUUCUUAUGUGCGUAAACAUCGAACAAACGAAACAUUCUAAUUGUGAUUUUAUUAGUUUGCAAGCAAUGUUAUAGUGGCAUUAUUUAAAAAUGAAGUAUUUCAUCUUAUUAUUGUUAAAGUGGAUGAUGAAACAGGGACAAAAUAUGAGUCUCAGGAGAAAUGAUUUUCUGAAUUGAUUGUGAUACACAUUAGGUACCUAACUAAUAAU